AUGGUGGCCGAAGAGCAUGUGGCGCCAUCAAAAUCAAAUCUCAGUUUUUCAUUUGAGGUUUCCGAUGAUGAUGAUGAUGUGGAUUUUCGUAUGUUUGUACCAUCGAAGGAGCCGAUCAAUGAGGUUGUGAUUUCUCCAGCUGAGACAGAGAAAGAAAUCAACAUUUUCAAGCAACCAAACGAUCCAACGCCCGAACAGAUGGAAGCCCUUAUCGAACAAUUACAGUUAACUUCGAGGAGGCCUCCCCAAGCAGUUCCUGUUACUACUGAGUCUCCAUAUGGUAGUGAUAAAGACGAUUCAAAUGCCUCCCUGAUGCCAAAAAAGCGAAGACGUAGAGAUCCUAGGCCGGGAGUGCUUAUUACUAAACCAGUACAACAACCAACUUCAAAUGUAGAACCAUCCCGGGUUAUUCAAGAUGAUCAAAGCCCAAUUAUUGAACCAGUUGCGGUUCAUCAAGAUGUUCAAAGCCCAAUUUUUUACGAAGACUUCGACUUCUUAGCUAAUGAGGAAACUUUCGCCUCGGGAAGCUCUUCUGCCCCACCACCUCCAGAGCACGAUGCUGCAUCUGUCAAGCUAGCCAAGUUACUUGCUUUUCAAGACUCUAUUCCUCAGUCAAGAGGUAAGGGAAUAUCUAUUGGCUCAGGGCACGGAGGUGAUGAAGACUCUAAACAAACAAUUUCUGAUUGGCAAUUUGGAUGUGAGAUUUUAUGA